AUGCGUUUUAGGGAUGAGGACAACGACUUGAAAUCGAAGAUUCUACAAAAGUUUACUCGAGAAUCCGACAAUUUAUUGAAACAAGCGGUAAUUAAAGUGCAGACACUGGGUGGUGAAAUGGAUUUGUGGUACAUCCUCGGUAAACAAAAAGGGACAAACAAAUCCGCAGUUCUCAGUGCUAUUCGUUUGAAUGUCUCCGUUGAAAUCGAAGGUGAAGAAAACUCAGUCUUCUGUCAUUUUCGAUACACGUGUCUUCAUGAUGUGAGUCUAGAUGUUCUUGACUUUGAUAUUCGCUAA